GACGACAACGUAGAUUUUGAAAAUUUUCACUACUGGGUCUCAAUCAUCGUACCAGUUUUAUUCGGGUUCAUUUCCAUUGUUGGAUUUGUCGGUAAUUUAAUGGUGAUUGUGUCGGUUAUAGCAAACCGACAAAUGCGUCACACAACAAAUUUGUUGAUUAUUCAUCUGGCCAUCGCUGAUUUGCUGUUCAUCGUGUUCUGUGUUCCAUUCACUGCUGUGUCCUAUGCCAUUCCAUGGCCGUUUGGAAGGGUUUGGUGUCAGAUCUACCAGUACAUGAUCCUGGUGACAGCCAUCACUUCAGUUUAUACGCUGGUCCUCAUGUCUCUAGAUAGGUUCCUGGCCGUCUGCUACCCCAUCCAAUCCAUUCACAUCAGAACGCAGAGGAACACACUGAUCGCCAUCUGGUUACUCACUGGGAUCAUCAUGGCCUCACUUCUUCCCGUCGUCGAAAACUUUUCCGUUGUCAAUUUCUCCUCGCUGAUGUGUUUGGACACUCGGAUGAGAUUAGACCUGGACUACGCAAAGACAUUUCAUUUGUGUUUCUUCAUUCUCGGAUAUGCCAUCCCACUUGGAUUGGUCUGCUUGCUCUACGGACUGAUGCUCCGAAGGCUGGUGCACGGCGGAAAUGCAAAGUCGGGAAGAAUCCGGAAGAGUAACAACGAUUCUAAAAAAAGGGUAACACGUUUGGUUGUGGUGGUGGUCUCAGUUUUUGCACUCUGCUGGCUGCCGGUGCACGUCAUCUUCCUCGUCCAGUCAUUUUCCAGACAGCAGAAGAAUGAUGAGGACGAAGAGCUGCCCAUCGUCAGCAUCAAAAUAGCCUUUCAGUGCUUGGCUUACUUGAAUAGUUGCGUUAAUCCUGUUCUCUAUGCGUUCUUAUCAGAACAGUUCAGAAAAAGUUUCAUGCGAUUUUUUGGCAAUUGCUGUCCGCAGCAUGAAGUGAUUCGGCCGCAGCAAAGUAAAAAGAAGCAAUCGGAGAAGCAAGCAGAACGAACCGUCCUGCAGAUGGGAGAUGGCAAGAAGAACGAUGCCAUGCAAAUGAACGAUCUGAACGAUCUGAACAACGCUAACAAUGUUAGCAAUGAAAAUAAUGGGAAUAAAAAUGUUAUGGCCGGAUCGACUGAAACUUUGCUGAAGGAUCAAGAAAAGUUGUUAGAGAAAAAUGAAAAAGUGGAAGUUGUUGGAGCGCUGAAUUCUGAGCCAGCAUUGGAAGGUGCUGUCGAGAAUAAUGUUGUUGCUGUUGCAGUUGCUGACGACGAGAAUAACAUUGAAAAAGAAAUUUAA